GGCCGGGCGACUCCGGAGCUCCUCGGCCCGGUCCCCGGUGGCUCGCCGCGGACAGCAGCGCGGCUACGGGGCGGACCGCCGUACCCCGGUCGCGCCUGGCGGAGGAUAGCGGCGAGGGGCGCCCGCGGCCGCAGAGAGGGCCGCCGGUCGGGACGUUGACGGCACUUAACCUGGGGUGCCGCAGAGAAACGCCGUGCAUUGCGGGGGCAUCAGUACCCGGGCCAAAUUAGAAUUUAAAUCCGUUGUUUUGAGCACCAUGACGCUGAGGCUUUUAGAAGACUGGUGCAGGGGGAUGGAUGUGAACCCUCGGAAAGCCCUGUUGAUUGCCGGCAUCCCCCCGACCUGCACUGUGGCGGAAAUCGAGGAGGCUCUGCGGGCUGGUUUAGCGCCUUUGGGAGAGUACUCACUGCUGGGGAGGAUGUUCCGGCGGGUGGAGAACUGGAAUGUAGCCUUAGUAGGGCUAACCGAGGAGACUAGUCAUGCUCUGGUCCCUAAGGAGAUCCCUGGAAAAGGGGGUGUCUGGAGAGUGAUCUUUAAGCCUCCGGACCCGGAUAAUGAAUUUUUAAGCAGAUUAAACGAAUUCUUAGAGGGAGAGGGUACAACACUGGGAGAGUUGACCCGAGCUCUUGGAUAUGGAAACGACCGUUCCGACCUAGACCAGGACAGGAUCCCAGAAAUACAGGCCCCUAUGUUGGCACAGGCAUUAGAUGAGGCUCUUCAGCCUGCCCUGCAAUACCUGAAAUACAAAAAGCUGAGAGUGUUCUCAGGCAGCGAUCCUCCAGAACCAGGAGAAGAAGAAUUUGAAUCUUGGCUGUUUCAUACCACUCAGAUGAUGAAGACAUGGCAGGUGUCAGAUGCAGAGAAAAGAAGGCGAUUGCUAGAGAGCCUUCGAGGCCCAGCAUUUGAUGUUAUUCGAGUCCUUAAGAUAAACAAUCCUUCCAUUACAGUCGCUGAAUGCCUGCGGGCCCUUGAGCAGGUUUUUGGGGUUAUCGACAAUCCUAGGGAAUUGCAGGUCAGGUAUCUGACCACUUAUCAGAAGGGUGAAGAAAAACUGUCCGCUUACGUGUUAAGGUUGGAGCCUUUAUUACAGAAGCUGGUAGAGAGAGGAGCAAUCGAGAAAGAUGUUGUGAAUCAGGCCCGCCUAGACCAAAUCUUUGCCGGAGCAAUCCACAGAACGCUUCGCAGGAAGCUUCCCGUGCCAAAGGACGGCCCCGCCCCUGGCUUUUUGGAAUUACUGGCACUGAUAAAGGAUGAAGAGGCAGCUGAGGAGGAGGAGGCCCUUCUGUUAAUGUUUCCUAAGUGUGUCAUAGACUAGGAAGGGUGUAGUUCUGCACUAGUAUUUAUGUCUUUAAAUUUACCCCUGUGAAUUUGCCAUAUAAAAUCGUACAGAGGGUCUGGCACCACAUACGUAUGGUGCUCCGAGAGGAC